AUGGAGCCAGAAGCCUUUGAAAUUUGCCCUUAGGAUCCUCACCACCGAAUCCCACUCAGCAGAUUCCAGUACCACCUGGCAUCAUGCAGGAGAAAGAACCCCAAGAAAGCCAAAAAGAUGGCCAUCUGCAAAUACAACACCUGCCACGUGGUCCCCACCAAAAAGCUGGAGGAACAUGAGGCUGUUUGUGUCAACAGGAGCUCUGUGGAGGAACAGGACACCGAGAACCCUCUGAAAGUUAGUCUUGCAAGUUCAGAGCAGAACGAUGACCCCCAGCAGACUUUUGUUCCCCAAAAGCUUGUUUGUGAAAAUGACACAAAAGAGUCAGCGAGAGAGAUCAGUCCCCAGAAGAUCCUCAGACCAGGACAGUAA